GCGAAAAAGAAACUAGUAAAGGAGCGGAGCAAUAUCGUCGGUGGAGCAGAAGCAUGAUGUGCCUUCUUAUAUCGUGAUGUAGUAAGAUUCAUCGGAAAAUGAAAAGGUUUUGAAGAGAGACGCGCGCUGUUCCAUUUACCCAACCGGACCUACCCUACUCCUGUCCCCAUGUGCAUAAGUACUUAGAAGAUUAUAACUUGUGAUAUUUAAUACGACAAAGAUUCAGACCAUUUCUUGCAAAAGGCCCUGAACAAAGGCUAACGCUAGUGAUGCUUCUGAGCUGGAACUAGAAUUUCGUCUCCGAUUGAGAAGCCAUGACGUGAAUCGACUUUUUUGACGAAGCACCAUUUACAACUACAUCGAGCAUUAUUCAAGAACGUCACCAUCUCACAUCACCUUCGACAAGACAAAAGUACUGUAUUGUAGAAAAACGGGUAAGUAGACACUUUUGAGAAAGAAACUAGUUUAAACAUUUAGCAAGAUGGCGGACGAGGAUACAGAGCCGAAAUACCAGCUGAAGGUGAAGCCUGAUGGCGACAUCCUGGACACCUCAAAGCAUUUUGAUGGCGAUGCAGUCGCAACGUACUUACACUAAGUUAAGCCUUUCGUUCCUUACUUUUCAUGCAUAGAUAACUAGAUGGUGUAUUCUGCCACAUGAAUGGGUACACCACUACUGUUACAUAGACACCCACGAGGACCAGAUGUCAUCUCUGCGCGAGAAUGGAUGUUGUUGAGUUAUAGAGUUGUUAGUGUAGUCAUACUCAUAGUCUCACAUUUGUUGACCAAUCAAUACAGAUUUUUUCUAGAAUCCCCUGACUUAGUUACCAGCAAUGAAAGGUACCUAAACAAAGACGUGUAUGAUGGGACCUUUCUCUCAGGCAGGAGAGACGGCAAGGGAACAUACAUCUUCGGAAACAACAAAGACUGGUACUAUGUAUUUGAUCUUAUAAGAAUGUAACCACACGUCGCACACAAUCUAGUUAUAGAUGCUAAGGAGAACGAGUUGCUUUAUUUGAUUAUUUUCAUGAAAAAAGCUCGACAAGUCGUUGAACAUGCCUUUAUCCCCCUGCAACACGCGCUCCUGACACAACUUUCAGCUAUGCAGGCGGAUACCUCGAGAACAAAAGGCAUGGUAUGGGUAGAUUUGUCUACAGCGCGGACCCACCAGAAGCACCAGAGGAUCCAGAAAAUGCGCCAGUGCGUGGAGGCGAAUAUCAUGGAAUGUAUACCAGUGAAGUAAAAUUGUUCGGACUAGGAGUAGGAACACCGUUAAUUAUUAUGGAAUGAGUGCGCAGUGCCGGAAACGGAAUGAGUGCUUUAGCUUCUUUUAUCUUAGUCUCACCAUCAGCGCGGAUUGCUCUCGUUGUUCUUGGACUGUACCAGAUGGCCAUCGCGUUGAACAAGGCUCUUCCUGAAGAUGAGGGGAACAAGAGAGACCCUGGGUGACCCUUGAGGGAUGACCAUGAUGCGUCUGAGUUCUAUUCUAUAUAAUUUUAUCAAAGUCGCUAUAGCCUGGUGCUUGCUAACCUGCAUUUUCAUUUUCUAAUUGAAAUUAAUUAUUAUUUCGUCUGUUCUGUAUCUGCCUGGGCCUGGAUAUCUACUUAUGCUAAGAGUGUUACUUUCCUCCCUAUUCUUUUUCUACCCUUGAGAGUACUACUGCGACCGAGUAAUGCAGACGCACUAGAUCUUCUCGCCACUACUUCUUCUUCUGCGUCGACUUCUGCGGAGCUGCUUCGCGGAGCGUUUUAGGCCAACUAACUGCUUCCGGCCUUGAUGUAUUUGAUCUGACUGCUGUAGGAUUCAACUUAUGCGCUUGACCUUCUUGCUGACUGCUGUAAGUGCAGUGUGUUCCACUACCCCCGUUUUUUUGCUCUCUUAUGUUCUGUUGUCGGUCGUCGCGGGCUACUCAUGAAAGUAGUGGAAGGUAGCUGUGCAAGGGGUGCUUAAUCCGCUAUCCCUGACCCCCUCGCGCCUCUGUGUUUUUUCGUCUUUCUUUCUCUUGAAUGAACCCCCUUCCUCCCUGUUUUUUCUGGAUAGUACUAUGAUGGGACGCGCUCCGGUUCAGGUUCUUUACCUCUAGGUGUAGUCUUCACUCAUUUCAAGCACUGCUCUCUCCGCUUCAAAGCUUAUUAUGGAAACUAUGAAACAACUACUUUGUCAUGUUUAUUUCGUUACUAUUAUGGAGAAAAUUCAAGCAAGGUGGACUGCAAAAAUCCGGACCGUAUUAAGUCCGUCUGGGCAUGAUGUGAAUCCGCAGAACACUCGCCGCCUACUGCUCUCCUUUGCAGAAAACCCGGCCCCGAUUGCGAGCAAAGAACGCCGGGCACCCUCCAAAUCCCCGCGCCCCUCCAGAAUCCCCCAGCACACAGCUGCAGGCUGAUGCGGUGGACUCUGGAGGGGCGCGGGGAAUCACAUGAAACGAAACCAAAAGACAGAAAGACCAAGGGGGGGCAAGUUACGGAAGUCCCUAAGCGGGGCACUUCCAAGACUAAGCGGCGGCAAUAGUGGCCGCUCUCGUGCAGUUCUGGGCUGCCUUAGCGCCUACAUCGUGCGACUUCAUCAGACCCAUCCAGCGCAAGGCUGCUUAAUGAUUGCAAUUUGAUUCUACUGAGUAACUCGACUCAAGGGCGACCCCUUCACCAGGUGGGCUGAAAACAAGCGCGAAGGAGGUGGCACUUUCAAGUAUGUGAACGGUGAUACCUAUAGCGGAAAUUGGAAACACGGAAAAAAGCACGGCAAAGGAGUCUACAGAUAUCAAGCCGAUGGAAGCACCUUAGAUGGAAAGUAUAUAUUUCUGUAGAUUUUCAAUUUCCAUGGAUUACAAGAACUUUAUGAUUGAUUGAAGGCACACUAUUAAAGGUAGAGAAUACGGAAAUCAAAUGGACUUGAUCAACGUGGACUUUCGUCACCACAGCAAGCCUGCUUCGUCUACCUAAUACAGGUGGGCUGAUGGCAUGUUUGUGCAAGGAACAUGGACGUUGACAUCGGGAGUGAAGUAUGUUGGAUCAUUCAAAUGGAAUCAACCACUUGGAGACGGUAUUUGCUGUUUUUGAUGCCUUUGACUUUAUUUAACUUUAACUAGUUAUCGUUUUCUUUAUUUUUUGUUAGCGUGGUCUAUUGAAACACUAACACAUUCUCAUUCAACGACGAAUUGGCGAAAUGGAUGUUGAUAUAGAAAGUAUUUAUGCGUCAGUUCUUACUACAUCACGCCCUACGCACGGGCGUUCGAAGAUGAGCAUCAAAAACAUCACACAGGUGUGUGGGUCUUUCCAGAUGGGAACCAGCUAUGUGGCACGUUCACGCAAGUUGAGGAGCGCGACGAGGAAGAGGCAGUGGAAGGUGAGGCGCCUGCUGACACUGCCCCGAAGAGUGUCGCUGUUUCCUGGAAGUCUAACGUUACAGUGACAAUCUGAUAUAUAUAUAUGUCUAGGUCUUGUUAUCCACUCUACUAAGCGAACCUAUAAUGUGAUUGAUAAAGCUACAAGACAAUGAUAAGCUUGAUAGGUCAUACAGUAUAGUCAACCGCAUUGACUUACACCACCGCAACGCGCCAUAGAAGCGCCAAACACGACACCCGUUUUAAUGCAUUGAUGAUUCACUAUGUAUGAGUUCAAUUACUACAGUAAAAUCCCAGAAUAAAGACUGUCGAGAAUUUUGUCUCUCUCAAUGUUUGGCAGGACCACAGACGACCUUGAAGUGCUAAGAGCACAUUCACAGAGGAUAGUGAUACGCAAGGAAAUUGAUCAUACACAUACCUUUCCAACAUCCUCCUGCUUGUGAGAAGUCAGGGCAAUGGAUUCGGAGCCGCACCUAACG